UUGUUUAGGAGCUAUUAACGCUCAAAAUCUCGGUCUCCGGCGUAACGCUUUCGUUUUCGAAACUUUGAUUUUACACCCCGGUAUAGAAAUGAAAGACGUAGUCCUACGUCAAAAUACCAGUGCAAUAUCACAUAUCUCUCUCAGCUCACAUUUCUCUCUUAUACUCCCUCAGAGCAUAUUACGGUAAUCAGUGCUUGUAACGAAGCUUCGCGCUCAUGAAGGAAAUUAUCACGAUUCUUAUGUGGAUGUUAGGUGUUGUGUAACGGGAAGGUCAUCGGUCGGUACAACGGGACGGGGUUUUUACGGACAGCUAUUCGUGAAUGUCUUUCCCUGUCUACUCAGCUCUGGACGGUCCAACAGAGGUACUGCACGUGCACCGGCAAAUCAGAAGGGAACCUUCUAGCAAUAGCAGAUUACUUCAUUCGUGGGGAAAACCGAACCAUAGCUACCAGUAACCAACGAAAUUGCAGGAAAAAAAACUACGGGUUUCCGGAAGCUAGCAACACUCAACCUUUUACUUCCGUUUUACGUAAGGAUAGUCCCAUUUGAUAUCUAUCAUGACAUGGUUUUUUUACUCUGAUUUUCCAAUUAACGCGGUUUUUUUACGAGGUACGUAUCCCCGGGGAAAAAAACCUGGGUGUAUUUGCAAUGCCAAUUUCCCCCGGUUACCUUGGUUUUGAUAACUCUGUUAGGAAAUACAUAUCGGUAGGAACAAAAGUUCCUCCUACUUUAUGUAUCUGCAAUGCCGAUUUCCUCCAGGCAGCCUGGUUUUGAUGUCUCUGUUAGGGAACACAUUUCGGUGGGAGCAAAAGCUACUACUACUUUAAUGUAUUUGCAAUGCCGGUUUCCCACAGGUUAGGACGUCUCUGUUAGGGACCCGCCGCAGGUGUCAUCAAUUUCGACCAAUCAGAAGUGGAUAUUUCCGUUAGGAUAUGGGUUGAGAUUUCUCAAUUGUUCGAUAGUUAGUUUCAUGGCAUAUAUUAUUUUCUUCAAUUUUAAAAAAUGUUAUGGAGUAACGAAAUCGAUUGACGCAAAAAUUUCAUCAAUCCAUCAUGAAAUUACUGAGUAAUAAGCGUUUGAAAUUGGACAAUUUUCACGAUGUGCUCGAUUUUCGAUUUUCAAUUUGUACCCCAAUUCGUUCCCGAAAGACGUAAUCCUACGUCAAAAUCAAUACAACGAAAACGAAAACUAAUUUAUUUCCAGAUGUGAUAUUUUUUGAAAGAAGACUAAAUCAUUGGCUUUAAUUUGAUAUAUCGAUUAUUCGAAUCGGUCCGGUCAAAGAAGCCAACCUUCUUGAUUUUUCAUGAUUUUCAUGGCAUGUUUUUGGCAUGUUCCCUGAUAUCCCGACAGAUCCUGAACGUUUCCUGAUUUUUCAAAAAUGAUCCUGAUUUUCCCUGACUUUGUGGUUGAUUUGUUGAUUUGAUCAUUGCAAAUCGUUCUAGACUGAAAUUUUUAGAAUUAUUUUUACUGCGCAAAAAUUUUCCGAGACUUUUCAAAACCGGGCUGGAUAAUUUCAGGAAACCAAAAUUCCUGACGAAUUCAAGAAAUUAUAACAAGAUUGAGUUUGAGGAACAAUAUUACCUUAUCAGCAAUUCCAUGUUAUUGUAUGAUGUGUAUGUACGAGUAGUAGUCAAGUUAUUGAUUUUCAUCAACGUUUCAGAGUGUAAUAUUAUUUGAAUUAAAAGUCAAUAUAAUAAGAUUUUAUAUAACAUAUGCUCGUCAGAUUCAAAAUCAACUUUAGUGGUGAAACUAUAGUAAAUAUAUUUAUAAUCGAUUCAAUUUACGUCAAAAUUUGAAAAGUAUUCAACAAUUCAUCCACUGCCGAUAUGCUUUCCUCAUUAGGUGAGUUCCAUGGUGAGAUUCAUUCCAAAGUAUGGAUUAUAAAUUUAAAAAAAUUCUGAAUAUUUAUUUCUCUGCAAUUCACUGGAAGUUUUGGGGAAAAUAUAAACGAUCGAAAAAUUUCUACAAAAUUCUCUCAAUGCGACAAUUGUUGCGUUUGUGCCGUGCACUGAAGGAAAAACGGCCACAAAGUCACGAGCCAAGACACGAUAAAGUUAUUUUGCAGCACGACAAUGCUCGGCCGAAUGUCGUGAAACCGGUCAAAACAUACUUGGAAACACUGAAAUGGGAUGUUCUAUUCCACCCGUCGUAUUCUCCAGACAUUGCUUCGUCCGAAUACUUCCUUCUUCGAUCGAUGCAACAUGGCUGGGUUGACCAGCACUUGUCCAAUUUUGAUGAAGUCAAAAAUUGGAUCGAUUCGUGGUUAGCCGACAAACCGGUCAAUUAUUUCCGCAAAGAGAUCCGUGAAUUGCCAGAAAGAUGGGUAAAAGUUGUGACUAGCGAUGGGCAAUACUUUGAAUAUCAAAUUUGUAACAAUUUUUGCAAAAUAAAGCAUUAAUUUUCGAAAAAAAAACCAAGAAACUUACCGGUACUCCUAUUGGAAAAAAAAAAACAUUUUUGGAAAAAAGGAGAGAAAAAAUGAUUUUUCGUACCAGCCUUAAGUGUAAAUGAACGCUCUAAUGGCAUGGCAUGGAAUGGCUGUAUAUUAGAGUGCCAAUGAAAAUGGUCAUCUCGAGUUUCAAAAAGUUACCCCAUAAAAAAUUUCACCACCUCGAAAAAACACCCUACGCCAAAUAUCAGCUCAAUCGGACUUAAGGGAGAGUGGUGCAAAGCGGUCAAAGUUUGACUUUUUUGAAAAUCGAAAAAUCACCCAAGGGGAGAUUUUAAGACUUUUGGCAUAAAUUUUUUUAAAAACCCCGAUUUCCGCUGAUUUUUCGAUUUUCAAAAAACUCAAAUUUUAACGUCUGCUACAUCAGUAAAUGAAGUCCGAAUGAGCUAAUAUUUUGCAUAGGGUAUAUUAUUGUGCAAAUCAACAUUUCGUAGCAAUUUCCGAAUGAAAAAUUCGAGGGGUUGUAUCCGAGAAACAACCGCUUAGGACGUAGGACUACGCAAUCUAUCUUUUUCUUUUUUUGGAAAUUUGUUGGUUUAUCAUUUCGGAUAUUAUUUGCGAAUACGUCGAAAUUUCAUGAAUAACUCUUUGGUAAAAAGUCCCGGGGAACCUGUAACGGUUUAAUGGCUUGCGUAGUUUUGUAGAAUCGUUUCGAGAAGAAACGAUUCUUUCUUGCUUUUGCGAGAACAAUACACUAAUUAGUCAUAUGUCGCAAUUUGUUUCUUUAUAUCAAUACACGCAUUGCACUGAGUAUUCAACAAGAGACAUCUUCCAUGCACCGCUAUUCAACAAGCAUCAAACACGUGUCUAACAGAGGCACACAGUUGAGGCGUUAAAAAUGAAACAUCACGAGAAUGGCCGUUUAUGAACAAUCGUUUCUCGACUCUCGGUCAAAACCGUCAAAAUAUUCGCUAGCGGGGAAACCUAAAACACAAAACGAGCAGAAUAAGCGACCUUUGUUGUUUAGGGCACAGAAAGAUUCUGAGAAUUUUCCUCAGAGGAGAUACAAUACUUAUAUGCUACCGACAGCUAACAUACUAUGCAAGAGUUUAAUUCGCAAAUAUUUUCUUUCCGCUAUCCCCCUUCGUUGUUUCUAUUCUAGCGGCUGCAUAAGUUGCCCGUUAUUGACAGCUCUGUUCGGGAAAGCACACAAAUGGACAGAACAAAUGUAUGGGCAAAAGGGAAUGCUUCCUAUUUUCAUCAAUUUAAGCUAUAUACAGAUUAUGGGAUUGUAAUGUAUAGCAUAUAAAACAAAUCUUAGAAAAUUUCCAAAACAAUUGGUAUGCAAAUCGUUAAAAUCCGUUCGCAGCAAAAAUAGUUAUUAACGUUAACUUUAUUUCAUAAAAACGUGACCUGUUUUCUGAUUUGACUACCUUAAUGUAUGACGUAGUCCUACGUCAAAACCGAGAUAACUAUUUUUAUUGGUACCCUCAUAAAUCAGUUCGUAUAACUAGAACAGUUACAAAAACUCAAUUCAAAAACAAUUGUCCUCAGAGUAUUAGGUCAAGUUUCUGUGUUUACUUCUACACUUCUACUUUUAUUUUACUCCGUCUCGCACAACACAUACCGAACCGAUUCGCACUCGUUUCUGAACGAUUCGAUGUACUUCGGUUCGGUUGUGUCAGUCGAAUCACUCGACUGUAUCGCGCCGAGUUUCACUCCUGUAAUAACAAAAAUAAACGAGGCGAACGAAAUUAUGUUCGACUCGUCUAAUGGAAUAGAGCCCUAUAUUUCGUGCCAUACAUACUAUCAAAAAAAAUUCUUUGAAUAAUUACAUUGCAAAUGAAGCAAGGGUCGCAUCGGUUCUUAUUUUGUAUAAGAAAAUCAAACUCACUGAAAUCAGAUAGUCAAAUGAAUAUAAAUGCAGAACAGCUUAUGCCUGAAGCGCUCAUUGGUCUGUUGAAUGUGCGGUUUAUUGCCUUGCACCCGACAACCUUUCCUGCCAUUAUUGUGUUUGUCCCCAAUCAAUAAGCAGGAAUGUUUCAAAUCAUCUCCUCGCCCGAAGAGUAAGCAUUGGAGUCGGGUGUGGGGCAGAUAACAAUAUAAACCACAUUUUUAUUCAGCUACAUCACGUUGCAACAAUAUUGAUAUAGAUUGAAGAACUUUAUCAAGGCGGCGGGGCAUGUGUUCUCGAAGAUGGAACCAAAACCACAUAUGCAUCGAAAGCGCUUACAUUGUGUCAUCCUUUCGGCUAUGCACGGAAGAGGGUGUCCUCUAGCAGGGGGCAUGUUUUCCUUCCGUUGCGCUCAACCGUUCCAACAAUCCAGCGGUAUCCGUUCUACUCGUAUAGCGAAAGUUCAAGACAGGACACGCUUCGAUAUGUGUAUGUUUGCGAGUGUGGGUUUUUGACAUUGGCAACUAUCUAAAUUUUAUCGACUGAUGCAUUUCCAGUCUGGUCCGACUGAUAUUUUUGGGUUGUUAGUGAAAUAUGUGAGUAUCACGGGAUGUCUGAUAAGAGAAAUCAUUGAUCUUGUUUUUUUCUCAAUUGAAUGGAUGUCACCCAUUCAUUCAGAGUUUCAAUGAUUUCAUGGAAGCUUUAUAAUCACAGUUGAUUACAGUCACAUCAAACUGAAAUCAUGGUAGGUCUGAAUGGUAGCGAUACAUCGGGAAGUAAUAAUCAAUCGUUUUUAUCCCCGGUAUCUGUCGAGCAAGAUGGAACAAACAUACAAAGUAGACAUAUUGCACUGCAUGACAGCAGCUGUGGCGUGAGUGUGUGGUACAUAUUUUUCAACAUCAUUACAAGCAAUAUAUUUAUGAAGCAUGUCUAUAUUGUCUACUAUUUCCAUUCAACCCGUUCUCCCAUCGCAUGAGACGGAAUGUUCGCUCAUCGUUCAUCGUUGUUCUGAUCCCUCCGUCUCCUAAGCGAACUAGAAAUUGCUGGUGUCAUAGCGUUGAGUGGGUGGUUGGCGCGUCAUACGAACUGUUCCGAAGCGACAUCGUUGAGAAACAAGUUUGCAGAUGCGACGGAAAGGAUCUUACUUGCCGCCACAGACACUCUUGCCGGUAAUGCAUUAACGGUGUAUACCGGGGGAAAACAAGAAUUCCGGCCUUGUUAUAAGCGAAAUGAACACACAUACCUAUCUUCUAUUACUUCGCUACUGUCUUCGAACUGUUCCAUUUCGAUGCGUACACGACUCCCGUUGUGAUCUCAUGAACCUGGUUGUUCAACUAUUGUGCUAGAUUCCCUGUAGCGAAGGCUGCGGUUGGAGUACAAUCUUCAUCACAAACAGGAAGUCUGUCCCGGUAAACAUAAGAUCCGCAAGACAUGAUUGUAAUCAUCUAUCAUAUGCAAUGAGAAUUUUGUUUUCCAAUUCAAUACGUUUCUGCGAAAUCAUCGCAUUCGUUAAUUAUGAACAUGAUUUUAUGAUGUAACCAGUAGGACCUCAAAAAAAAAACAAAAUCCAUGGUUCACUCGUUUCCAUUCAUCCUGCUUGGAUUCUACUUUCCUCGUGGACCUUGCAUUGGUCGCAACUUAUCAUGAAAUAUUCAGUCAUCCCAAUCGUACCCACAGAACCCACAACAGCGAAGUUCAACCAAUAUUACUGAACCAUGUGUGCGAUUGCGCUUGCUCUUUCCUCCCGCACAAUAUCGGUGGGUUUCUACGUUUCAAUUAUUUCCAUAAUUGCCGGCAUACGUGGAAGAAAAAAUAAGAGACAUAUAUGAUAAGCCGAUCGCGGCGAAAAAGUUGGUGGCGUUAAAAGUAUCCGGUGGCACGCCUCCGUAGUGAGAGAAAAUGACCUAUCGAUUUGUUUUCAUUAAAUCUGUGUAAAGUCCCCGCAUUUUCACGGGAAAAUUGACCCAAACGAUGAAACGUUUAAAUUUGUUUUUUGACGUAGGACUACGUCUUUCAUUUCUAUACCGGGGUGUAGAAUUAAAGUUUCGAAAACGAAAGCGUUACGCCGGAGACCGAGAUUUUGAGCGUUAAUAGCUCUUAAAAAACUGAACGAAAUGGUAUAAUAAACACUUCAUUCGAAAGAUAAAAUGUCUACGCGUCAUAUACUUGUUACUUUUACACCCAAAAACUUGUUUCAAUAGUCUUAAAAUUGCUUUCAAAACAGGCUAUUGAAAUCACCAAUCGGUAUAUAAGCGAGCGCCGCUCGUAAACCCACUCAGUUAUGAUUGAACAGCGUUUGUCGCUUUUGUUGUGAAGCUAAUUUCGUUUAUCAUGAAAGCGCUGAUGAACGGUGUCACCAAGAGCCUGUUUGUGCACCUUAGGCCAGAAGGGAAUCCAUCAGGAGGAGAGUGAUGCCACGGUUCCGCUUGAAACAUCGGAGCAGCCGCCACAAACACAUACACGCGCGGAAUUCUCGUUGCUAUCAUCGUUGCUGGGAAAUAAUCUGCCAGUUCUCUGGGAAUUGAAUUGAAAAUUGUUUUCUAUCCAUAUAACACUGCAACCAGAUACAUUUGGUUUUGUGAUUUUUCUAUCAAUCGCAAUUAACAGGAAAGCUUCUGAAUAUUUUUUUCCCCAUCAGUGAAAAAUUUUCGUAUCCAAUAUUGGAUGCAUAACAUGAAAAACGGAAAAUGUUUCAUAUCGCGAAAAUCAAGUCAUUUUCGAGCGAUUAUUUGCUUUCUACUAAUAUAAUGCAGCGACCAAAUACAUUUCGUUUUGGAAUUUUUCAAUCAAGUGCGAUCAACGUAAGACCGCGUCUUUCGGCAAUUUAUUAGAGAUGCAAUGAAUCUUUAGAAAUUCCCGCUCUACGCGCACUGGCAAACAAUGUUUACUCAACAAUUUCUCAAACGAGAAAUGGGUGUUGUGAGAAAGGAUUAGCGAAAGGAUGAAAUCCAUUUCCAUGGCACCUAUCGGUAUCGAAUUAUUAACGAAACCACGAUUUUCGCUAAAUGCUCCUUUCAGUUCGUUUACUUUCACAAAUUUGUGUACUAUCCUCGCAAAACGCGUCACAUCAUGCCCAAGGACAUUCAGCUGGCCCGUCGAAUCCAAGGAGAGGGUGCUAUAUUAGCUUAGCAUAUAAUCAACGGCCCUUUUCAGGGCUCCAAAUUUGAUGGAUUAGAAUUCAGAAAAGUUUUUUGCAGGCCAAACCGAAGCGAGAAUUUUCGUUUGGAUGCCAUACAGCAUCGAGAAAAUUCCGGAAAGAUCUAAUCGUUGCUGAAAAAUAAUCUGCCAGUUCCCUGGGAAUUGAAAAAUACAUUCAUGCGAAAGAGUUUAUUUUAAUGUUUUCUAACCAUAUAACACAGCGACCAAAUACAUUUGAUUUCGUAAUUUUUCAAUCAAGUGUAAUUAGCUGGAGAGCUUCUGAAGAUUAUUCUUUCCCAUCAGUAGGAUAUCUUCGUAUCCAAUAUUAUAUGCGCGCGCAACGGAAAAUGUUUCGUAUCGCGAAAAUUAUAUAAUUUUCAAUCGAUUAUUGCUCAGUCGCCGAAAUUUUCAUACUCAGAGAGUUCAUUCUCCUCUAGUUAGCCUUCCAAGUUACCAUCGUAAACCACACCUUCUCUCGAUUCAAUCACGCACGAAAAGCAUACUUAAAUUCUGGUGGUGAAACCCAUUCAUUUUUCGUGAGGCGUCGUGCACAAAUUACGUAACGCGAUAAGGGGGGAGGGGGUAGAUGUUGGGUUACUUUCUGUUUAUUAGAGAUAGGAAAUUGCGUUACGUAAUUUGUGCACGACGCCUGAGGUCAUCGACAAGAUAUCAUCGUUACUGAACGAGCUGAACGGCGAGGGAUCGAGGGAUUCAUUACCUGGCCUGACCUGACCUGAAAUGCAAUCAGUUUGUUUUAACUGUGAGGGAGCGCAGAAAAGUCGAUCGAUCAAAAGCAGAAGAGAAGGUGACCAAGAGAGUAUCAGCAUCGAAAUACGGGGCCUAGGGAAGACAUCGAAGCAGCCGCCACACACACACACACACACAUACACGCGCGCAACUCUUUUCGUUUGCUGGUUAUCGAGAAGAAACCUGGAAAGAAAUGAUCGUUGCUGAAAAAUAAUCUGCCAGUUCCCCUUGGAAUUGAAAAUUACAUUCAAGCGAGUUUAUUCUAAUGUUUUCUAUCCAUAUAAUACUGCGACCACAUACAUUUGGUUUUGUGAUUUGUCAAUCAAGUGCAGUUAGCAGGAAAGCUUCUGAAGAUUAUUCUUCAGAACAAGGUUUUUUGUAUCCAAUAUUGGAUGCAUAAAACCUUGAGCCUCCAACGUAACGCUCUCGUUUUUGAAGUCACCCAAAUAUUUAUUUAUUCAUUCAUUCAGUGUGGAUUAGAUUCAACUUCAAACAAAUGAUCUCUAAAUCAACGAUAGUCCUACGUCACCCUUGCGGUUAUACCAUAGAUAUAACCCACUUCCUGUUUUUAGCAAUUGAAACAAUUUUUUAGAUCAAUAAGUAGAAAUCAUUUCAAUCCUGGACAUUUUAUCUUCUGAAUGAAGUGAUUUUCAUACUCAGGGCUUGGAAAUAUUGAGCCUAUGAAAUAAUAUUGAAAAUAAAUUUUUAUCAGUGUAACGCGCUCAUUUCUCUUGUCGGUACUGCUGUCAUUCAUCCGACGUCAAACAAAUCUACUACUGUGUUCAUUCAUAUUCAUUCUGUUGUAUCUGAGCUUUCUUUAAAGCUCGAGUCAUGUGACUUCAUUUUCUUUCAUUCAUUGCCAUCGAAUUGUCAGGAAUUUUGUGACCGUUCAUUCUCAAUAUCCUGACAAGUUUGUGAUUUUUUCAUUGAGACAGUGUUUAUUGAUUAUUUAGUGACAUAUUCUGUUAAUUUAAACCGUUAUUUCUGAAGUUACUCCGAAAUGGCAACCAAAAUCAGUGGUUCAAAUGGAAAUGCCAACAAGAGAGCGAGAUCUGCACGCACAUUUACAGAAAUCGCUAAAGACUACAUUGGCUUGGACGGGGAGGAAGCAUUUUGCAAAAUCGAUCCGACUAGCGAAUGCAAACUUCGUCAACCAAAGCUGGAUGUUGGCAAUUUCAUCCGCCAUUUCCGAUCGCAACACCCGGAAUUAUCUACCGAAUACGGUUUGCUGAAAGAGUUCGAUUAGUCUGCGAAGAAAGCUCGACUUAUCCCCAAGCGUCUGGUUCCAGUUGAUCAUCAACUAUUAGUUGAGUAUGUGAUCAAAAUGAUCGCUAACCGGAAUCUUCCCAUUUCGUUCGUCGAUUGGGAUGAAACAAAACUACUUCUGGAUCGAUUGUCCGAGGCUGUUGGACCAGGAAUUUCAUUCAAUGGGAAGAUAGCUAAGAAUCAUCUGCAAGCAGCUGCGGGAAAAGUGAAAAGUGCGAUAGCUGACGAGAUGAAAAAUAAGCUUAUCUCGAUUAAGCUCGACUCCGCAAGUCGCCAUAACCGCCACGUAUUGUGCAUAAAUGCUCAAUAUUGCAUACGCGACGAGAUUGUCAUUCGGACGUUGGAUAAGAUUUAGUUUGAGUAGCUAUGUAAAACCGUUAAUGAAAAGCUUCAUAUUAUAGGUAUACUUGAAAUCAAAGAGAGUCAGACUGCCAACUUACUGAAACAAAAAAUUAUGAAUACGUUGACAAGCUACGGAAUGACCCUCGACCAAGUAUUUUCAAUGGUAGUAGAUAACGGUGCUAAUAUGUUGGCAGCCGUCAGAAAACUGAAGGAGGAAUUGGUCAUGUUGUCUUUGCGAGAAGAUGAUGAUAGCGAAGAAAAUUUCGAGUCAAACGACACACUUACGGCCAGCCUGUGCGAGGUGUUCAGAGAGCGAUUAAAUCUCAUCAGGUGUGCUGCACACACGUUGCAGCUAGCUGUUUUGGACGUAGUAAAUAAAAGCAAUGACUUCAUUAAGGAAAUAACGGAAAUAGCGAAAAAAUGCAAAAACGUCAAAUACACGACAAAUUUCGGUCAUCACAAUGCCACUUACCCGCCAACUUGGUGCCAGACGCGGUGGGGCGGCAUUUAUGUAAUGAUAAGCAGCUUCCUGAAGCAGAAACAGUUUUUCGAACAGUUGGCUGAACAAUUUGCAGAACUAGAUCUCUCAAGCCACUGGGAGUUUAUUGAAAGUUAUGCAGAAGCAUUCAAGCCAGUGUACAUAUGCUCUAAAAAUCUGCAGGGUUCACACAUAUCGCUUUCAGAUUUUUAUAUAGCAUGGUUGAUUGCUAUAGGCGAAGUUCGUCGAUUUCAUAAAAAUCCGUUGGCUAUGAAACUCUAUGAAACUCUUCAGAGCAGGCUUUCCAAGCUACGACUGUCUCAAGCUUUCAGAAUGGCCCUGUACUUGGAUCCAAGACUGAAUUUUGUCAAUUCAGCUAUUUUCAACGGCAAAGAAAAGGAGCUUAUUCAGGGUUUCAUCACAGAAACUUGGAACUACAUAUGUCGACUCAAUAAUACUGACGAUAAUGCUGCCUCUUCAACUACUACGUCUUCAUCAUCUGAUACCAUGGAUGCAAGCGAUGGCUACAUCACCGAGCUUCUCGGGGGUUCAAUUGCUGCUGAAGUAGACACAAAUCAAUCAGCAUUCAAACUUCAGCUCAAAGCGCUGGAUAUCGAGCCUCGCCAGAAGCAUAACUUCGAUGUUUGGAAACAUUGGAUCAAAAGAAAGAGUUCGCAUCCUGAACUUUACGCAGUGGCCAAGGUUGUAUUUGCUACUCCUUCUAGUCAAGUAUCAGUGGAAAGGGCAUUUAGCGCACUCGCACUGGUGCUCUCUAACCAGAGAACAUGCUUGAAGGAAGAGACUGUGGCCAAUAUUAUGAUCAUCAAACUGAAUAAAGACGCCUUCGAUCAGAUACUGCCAAUACUAUAUAAAUGGAAGGAUGUCGCCACCUCGGUGGCAACUGAGCCAUUGUAGAUUCGAAUGCUUCGAUUUUUC